AUGAAUUUUAUUAACUCGGAUAUAAUUGAAGAGGAGCCAUUACCUGCUCCAGUCCCUUCGCCAAAGCCUUUACUUGAAGAAUUUGGCACAAAAAUUAAACAAAUGCAUUUAAAAAGCUUAAAAAAAGAAAGAAACAUCAAAAAAGUUAAAGGGCAUUUCGAAAAUCAAAUGAGUCCAGAUUACUUUCAAAAGCUUUUUAAAAAAAUUUUUUAAAUUUAAAUAAAUAAUUCAAAUAAUUCUUGAGCCAGUCCAGAUACCUUAUCAAAAUUAAAUAGGAUCCAAAAGCAGCUCGCCCACAAACGAAACUCAAGCUCAGACAUUACCGAUGACCUAGAAAACAUAACAAAGGUCUUUAGUAGCCCAGCUGGAAGGUUUGAAGAAAAUGAAAAAUGGGGAGAAGGUAUUGACGAAGGCAAAUUGGAAAUACAAAAACCAAGAUCCAUUAAUAUUUCAAUCAGUCUAAGUAGGAUCAAUUCAAAUUCAAUGAUCAUUUUGAAUGAAGAUCUAGGGAAGAACUACAGGUUUAAAAGAAAUCCAAUUAAGUUAUCGAUGAUGGCACACAAUAUAAGAGAAAAGUUACUGAAGCCAGGCGAAGAAUCAAAAAUAAAAAGUAUUUCAAUUUGACCAGACCAGACGCCACUUAAAAUUAUUAAACACAAAUACACAAAAACUCAUCAUACAGCAAGAGAUAUAGCAAGCCCUAUUGCUAAAGGAAAAUUAACAGCAAAAAUGAUAAUGAAGCAGAAAAGGGAUUGGUCGAGGUCUGCACUUGAUAAUGUAUGCAUAUUAUAA